AUGGAGAACCGGGCGGUCGCCGCCGCCGCGACGGCCGCCGUCUCCCAGGCCCUCGUCCUCCUCUUCUCCCUCCCUUCAUAUUCGUCCUCCUCAGCCGACGACGAUCCCACGGCCCUCCUCUUCCACUUUCUUUCCUCUUUUGAGAUCGCCGCCGCCGGGGACCUAUUCCUGCCCAGAAAUCGCAAGCGGCGGCGACACUUGGACGAUCCCGGAGAUCCUCCGCCGGGGGCGGCGGUGGCGGCGGCUCCGAUCAGCGUCCGCCGGCAGCCGGAUCACUUCAGGCUGGGCCUCGGUGUUGGGGCCUCCACCUUCGAGUGGCUGGCGGGGCUCCUCGAUCCCCUCCUCGACUGGCCCGGCGGGCCACAGGAGCUCCCCGCCGCCGCCGCCAGGCUCGCUGUGGGGCUCUCCCACCUCGCCACCGGAGCUUCCUACGGGGACCUCGCCGCCCGCUUUGCCGUCUCCGCCGCCGCCGCCCGCUCCUGCGCCCGCCGCCUCCGCCGCGUCCUCUGCACCAACUUCCGCUUCUGGGUCGCAUUCCCCUCCCCCUCCAGCGAGCUCUCCGCCGGCUUCCGCCACCUCCCCGGCUGCCGCGGCGCCGUCGCCUGCGCCCGCUUCGACCUCGGCGGCAGCGGUGGCGCCGCCGCCCAGGUGGUCGCCGACGCCUCCUGCCGGAUCCUCAACAUAGCCGCCGGCUUCCCGAAAGACCAGCCGAGCUCCACGAUCCUAAGACGGUCUUCUCUCUUCCAGGAAGCCGGGAGGCUGAUGGGCCCACCGGAGGAGUACUUGGUCGGCGGGGAGGAGUACCCGCUUAUGCCGUGGCUGAUGGUGCCCUUCCUGGACGCCAGCGCCGCUUCGCCGGCGGCGUUCAAUGCGGUGCACCGCCGGAUCAUGGCCCGGACGGUGCUACGGACCAUCUCGAGCUUGAUGAACUGGGGAGUUCUCAGCUCCGCCAUGGAGGGGGAGGAGGACCCGAGGGCGGUGGCGGCGUGCGUUGCUACCUGCGCCAUACUCCACAACAUGCUACUGUCCAGGGAGGACUUCUCUUCUCUGACGGCGGCGCCACCGGAGGAGGAGGACGACGACGACGAUGGCGAUCGCUCGGGCAGCUCCGGCGAGAAUCCGCCGGGCGGCGCCGCCCCUGCGGCGGCGGCACUGAGGGACGCUUUGGCCGACAAGGUCAGAGGAAUCCUGACCCAACGGCAUCCAUCCAGCAGAGGAUAA